GCGCUGGACCAUUAGCCUGUACCUCAUGCCCGGCCCACUUUAUGUUGGACGGUGGCCUUUGUAUGGAAUGUUUGGGUUCCCAGUACUAUGAUUCACCAACACAAACAUGUAAAACGUGUCAUGAAUCGUGUCGGUCAUGCACAGGUCCCGGUCAAUAUUCGUGUCAGACAUGUGCCUUCCCAUUACAUUUGGAUCGUUUGAACAAUCAGUGUGUACCGUGUUGUGCCAACGAUGCAUCGCCGGAAGAUCAGUCCUGCUGUCAUUGUGACAAAGAUACAGGUGGUUGCAUCAAUGCCUCACCCGCUGGCAAACGUCGCAUUGCCGCUGCUGCUGAACAACAACAAUUUGGUAGUUCUUACGGUAACAGUGGUGGUCUCUACGGUAACCUGUUAGAUGAUUCGGAUGGAACAACAGGUGUUAGUGGUUUAUUCUCACGUGUCGGUUCACCUUUAACAACUAUCACAGCAAUUGCGGUUGCUGCCUGUCUUCUCAUUGUUACUGUAUUUGCUGUCAUUUUUGCCGUCUUACAGGUUAGUAUUAACAAUCAGGCAGCACGUAAAGCUAUACGCUACAAUAAAGUACCCACCAAUAAUCGACGAAGAAAUCGCAUUACUUCCUCCAGUACUCUGCUGAAAGUAGAUGCUGAAGCCAAUAUCGAUGAUGAGGAUAUAGAAGAUGAUGAAGAAGAGGAGGCGACUGUUGAAUACUAUGACGAAGAAGAAGAUGAAGAAGAAAUUUAUGAAAGAGAUUUGCAGCAGUGUCCAACUCAAACGCCAACUCUUGCUGAAGAUGAUGAUGUCAAUGAUCGACAAACUAAAUUAUCGCAUUCGGGGGCGACAGAAGAACAAGAACUGCAUACAUUUGUGAGAGUGCCCCUGAAGAAGACACCAGCAGGUGCAGCCGCACGACACAUGCCAGCCAGUUCGGAAGAUAAAACGCAAAGGACAUAG